AUGGCUUGCAAGGCAUCUUUUGAAUUGUAUCAUAAUUUCCCUAAGCUAGCUGAAGAAGCCGGAUUUGCAUUCAGUACACAUCGACCACGAGUCCAUAUAGAGUGGAAUAAGAUUCGUCUUCUUGACAUCGAAAGUCUCAUUCGAGAGAGAAAUUUUGUCUUGAUUGAACAACAUUUGAAUGAUAUCCUAGACUGUGUUUUGGAGUCUGAGUUCGACGUACGGAUCUUGGAUGUAGGAGUAGUUAAAAUAUUUCGGCUAGCUCAACUGGCAGUUGAAUAUCAACAGUUUUGUCGACAUUAUUUGGAUCGUAGUGUUUAUGUCCUGCGUGAAGAAGUUACAUCACUUGCCCAGGAACUAGAAGCGAAUAAGCGAAGUUUAAGAGAAAAAGAAGAAGAUAUAAGACGCUUAAAGAGAAAAUCUAAACAUGUAAUUCGCACUCCAGUACCAUACGGCAAUGAGAAUAUAGCUACUAUGAUUCUAAAUACAUUAAAAAACCAAAGCGAUAUAUUUCAUACUGCCCCUCAUUUAGAUACCUUGCAGCAAAACAAAUGCAAUAUCUGUGAUAAAGUGUUUUUAAACCAACUUUAUUUAAAAAGUCACAUAUCAAGACGGCAUCCGAACGUAACAGAAAUUCCACAGAAAGACGUUCCAAGUCAGGAAAACUUAUCGCAAAUAAACUCAAAUGAUAAUAGCAAAGUACUAAACGAGAUUGAGUAUUUAAAAAACAAAUUGAAAGAAAUGGAAAACCUUAUUUCAGAAAAAUGUAAUAAUAACGCAGAAUUAGAAAAAACAAAUUCGUAUGACGAGAAAAAACAAGACAAUCCUGUAAAAGAAAUGAAAGAUGCAGAAGUUCUUACACAAAGCCAAGAAUUAGAGACGGUAAAAAUCGAAGAAUGGAAAAAACUAGAAUUUGAUAAAUAUAAUCAAGAAUUAAAUUUGUUAAGAACACAAUUAUUGCAAAUUAUUGAUGCUAACAAAGAAAAUAAAAAUAGUCAUCAACUAGAGAGUGAUAACACACAUUUAAAAAACUUACAAGCGACUAUUAAACAGCAAGCGGAGGAGUUAUUAACUUUAAAGCAGGAACUAAAUAAUUCGAAAUCACUAAAAGAAAAUAGGGAAGCUGAGAGGAAAAAAGAAAUAGAAACUCAAAUAGCAGAAUGGGCGAAAAAAGUGGAAUUACAAUCUUCGGAAUGUAGGUCGUUGUUACAAAAAUUAAAUGAAAUGGCUAAAGAUGUUCAAGAAUAUAGAGCAAUUGCAAAUUCAGAAAGAGAUAAAGCGGAAAAAUUACAACAAUUACUAAAUCAACAAUUUAGGGUAAUGAAACAGGAUAAAAAAGUUGAAACAAUAAAACCUGUAUCCAUUACUAAAAAUAGUAAUAUACAAAAUAAAAAGGGUAAUUCGGAUAAAGGUUAUCCUACAGCGGAUCGAGUGACACUUGAAAAAUUGCAGAAAAAGGCUCAAGAAUUACUUUCUUUGGAACAUACGAGUACAUCUGAUCGAUCAACAGCUAGUGAAGAAAGCAACAAAAUAGUUGAUAAAAAGACUAAUACAAUUGUGGGUGCAAAAAAUAAAGAUGUUUCAAGCUUUGAUAAUUCCGAAAAACAACUCGAGUAUAAAAUCGCACUAAAUAAAAAUAUCCCAUUGGAAGACAAACAGCAAUCGCAAAAAGCUAUUAAGGGUUUCAUAAAUAAAAAAGGAAAGAAAAAGUUUAAAUCUUCCUCAAAAAAACAGAAUGGACCAGUUACAUUACCAGUCAGCCCUGUAAAAGUUGUAAGAGCAAAAAUUACUGAAGAAGUUAAUCAACGUUUAGUGAAACUGGGAGUCGACCCUUUGACAAAUAGAUUAGCGAAGACUGCUUUUCAUAAGCAACGAUAUUCAUUGCAAAAACUCCAGGAAGUAAAAAUCAAGAAAUAUCCUUCAAGGGAAAAAAUUUACCAUUCAAUACAAGCUCAUUUAGAUGCAAAUACUUCAAGUAUGAUGCGAGUACGUGCUGGGAAAAGUGAAAAAAUUGACGAUUCUCCAACUAAAACCACUAAAAUAUUCAGUUUAACUUCAGUCCUAUCUAAUGUGAAAACAAAGGCAUUGUCUUUAGUAAAAUCAACGGAAAAAACAAAAAAAUAUGAUACAAAUAACCAAUUUAAAAGUGCGUUAUUAGAAAACUCACCGGCCUCAGCGCGAUCUAGUGUUAUAAAUUCAAAAGAAAUAACGCCUACACCAUCGCCCAAUCGCGGAAGUCAAAAAAAAGAAACAAAAAAUCGCCGAUCGAAGAAAGAAGCGUCUUCCAAGAAGCAUGUAUUACAAAAUCAAACAGAAUCUUCAAACGAAUCGGAAUCGGGUAUUGAUAAUAGAAGAACUAUAUCAGAUCCUGAAUUAGAAUCCAUUGACGAUAUCGUUAAAUCGCCGGUUCGUAAACCGAAUGAUUCAAAUUUUAAACGUAUAUCAAAAGAUUAUAAUAUAAGCGAUAACUCAGCUUAUGAAUUAAAAAAUAGUAAAAUAACCAAAAAUAUACAAUUUAAAGAUUCAGGAGACAACAGCAGUGACGAUAUUGAAUCUCUCGUUGAAACGUCACCAAGAAAAGCUUUCUCUGAAGAAAAUAUCAGCCCAAAACAAACUAAAAGUGUUUUGAAAAAUGCGUCUUCGACAUCUUCAUUGAACAAGAAAAAGGUGCUGUUUGAUAUGGACGCAAUUCAAAUGAAAUCUGUGAGUGCUACUCCCUCCCAAAGCUUAGCUGAAAAAAGUGACGGGAAUGAGAAUUACUCAUUAGGUAUCAUAAAUUUAGAUACAGAAGAAUGGGAUCCAUCAAGCAUAGAAAAUGAGCAUCCAAAAAAAUCAACAAUUCAAGUUAACACUCGCACAAGUCCAAAGAUAGCUGAACUGAAACAAGCUAUAGAAUCGCAGAUGUCAAGAAGGAUUCAAACACCCAGUACGACUUUAGCAGGCAGUGUCAACCUGCUACCAACUCCAAUGGUGCGAACAAGCUUGGGUGGUAGUAAUACAAGCCUAGGUAGUUCAAUAUUAGACGAAAGUGAAAACCAAAUAGCUGGUACUAAUAAUCAACGUCAGCCAAUCAUAGUCAAACAAAAUAUAAAUAAAAAUGUAAGAAAACAAGAAAACGAUGAUAGUGAAAUAGACUUUUCUGAAUUUUUACCAGACGAUAAAAGUGACAAUAAAUUUUAG